CGCGCAUCUUUGCUUCUUCUUUGCGGUGUGUCCCGCGCUGCGCAUUGUCGUUGCCUGCACCACCUCCUUCGCUCACGCACCCCCACACCUCACACCACACAAGCACUCAAGCAAAGCAAGAAGCGAGCACUUGCGCCCUUUGCUCGGUUGGUUUGUUUUGUUUUUGAGUUGAGUCGCAGCUACACACUUGUCCUGUACCAAGCACAGAGACAACAAGCCCUUAACUCGCUGUGUCUCCCCUCUUGUGUGUGUCAGAUAGAGACGACACGCACACCACACGCGACUCACGCACAAGCAAGAAGCAAGGCUCACCAAAACACAGCACCCAGACAAGACACAACCGCAACCAAGCAAACAAGCACGUCUUCAGCAGCAUCAUGUCUUCUGGACCGAUGAACGACAUGUGCGCGAAAGCCACGGCACAGCUGCCAAAGGAGUGCUUGGAGACGUCGUUGGUGUGCAUUGCCGAGAACCUGUUUGGUCCAGACCCACGCCACAUGCUCGCAGGGAUGCUCAAGCUCAUGCGCAAGCGCUACCAGCAGCAACACGGCAACGACAGCCAGUUUGAGACUGACCUCCAGCAUUUCAUGCCUGCGUCGUGCCAAGACACCACAUCCCUUGCCGCCCUUCCACAAGAACUUAUCGAACGCAUUGUCUACUUUCUCCGUGACGACCCAAUUACCCUCGGUGUCAUGGCCCAAGUCUGCCGCUCUUGGCGGAUGAUCUUGAAACAACAGCGUGUUUGGCGGGAUGUGUGUGAACACCAAUGGGGCUGUGAACGCUCCCCAAUCGCCUACACCAGAAAACUGCAAGAGCUCAUUGGGCAGGACGACUUCCGCCCAUCCCUGCCAGACGUUGCCCCGCUCGUGUUUGCCGGCGCGAAGCUGGACGAAGUGGUGCACCAGUGCGGCGGCACCCCCCUGCUGUCCGCAACCUUCUACGGCCACCUCAACGUCGUUGACUUUCUCCUGCGCAACGGCGCACCGCGCAACUCUACUAUCAAGUGCGGCAAGAACGCGCUUAUGGUGGCGGCCUUCCGAAACCACCAGGAGAUUGUGGCGUACCUCUCCCACCGCGGCUUCAGCCUGCGGGACCGCGAUGCCUUCAACAACACCCCGUUUAUGCUCGCUUGCUUUGGCGGCGCCAUCAAAGUCAUGACAUGGCUCAAGGCCCAGGGUCUGUUGUUGACGGACACCAACUGUUACGGCCACACGGCCAUGCACUGUGCCGCGCUCGGCGGCCACCGCGACGCCAUUGCGCGCGUGCACCACUAUGGUUUUGACAUCCACCAGCCCUCGCUUGCCGGGCAGACGCCACUGCACGUUGCUGCUGCGUACGGGCGCGCCGUUGCCGUUGCCUAUCUUGCCCAGCUGGGCGCUGACCUGACGGCACGGGACCGCCACGGUGCCACGGCGGUGAUGCUCGCUGCCCUCGGCUGCUCACACCGCUCCAUCAAGAACCCAAACGGCCUCGACAGCCACGCCACCCUCGCAUACAACCUGCUUGUGCAGCAAGGCCAGCACUUCAACGUGAACGACCGCGACGCAUACGGGCGCACGGCGUUGCAUUACGCCCUCCCAAACAGAAACUUCCCCGUUGUGCAGAAGCUGAUCAGCCUGAACAUUGACCAGCAGGUGCGUGACACGUUUGGCGCCACCGCCGCCGACUACCAGGCCCUCGUCCGUGCGCUGGCGAACAAGCAGUUUGACCGCACGUGUGCGCUGCUCGGUCGCCUCACGGGCGUCGCCAUCACGUUUGCGUGCCGAAGCGAGAGCACCUUCUCCCACGCGGAGUUCAGGGACUUGCUGCGGGCCCUGCGCACAAACACAACCAUCCGUACGCUCGUGCUCAUCAACACGUGCGUGAAUGUGCGCGAGCACAUGGAGGAUCUGCUUGCGCUGUUUGCGGAGAACCGCACGCUGCAGCACUUUGAUCUUGGGCGGGAGGAGUCGUCGAUACUGCCGCUCGUGGUGCAGGAGUACCUCGCAACGAACAAGAAGCUGGCAGAGAACGGCGGCGAGUGCGACGAGGAGGAGGAGGAGGAGGAGGAUGAGGGUGCUGAUCGGCGCGAUGAUGAUGCCGACGAUGAUGAUGAUGAUGAUGCCGACGACGAUGAUGAUGCCGACGAUGCUGUCGAUGGCGGCGAGAACGUUGGCGACGAUGGACUCGAGGACGAGGAAGGCGGUGGUGCUACUGCUCGUGCUGGUGAAGAUGCUUUCCCUGGCACUGGGGUGCGCCACGUGUACAUGUCCGGCAGCAUCGUGGCGACGGCAUCCGUGUCCGCAGCACACGCCAUGGACGAGCGCGAUGAUGAGCCGGCCACCUGGUGAACGAACCACGUUCGUUGCAGCUCUCAACCAGCGUUUUUGAUGCACGCUUGCACCCGCCCCCGUCGGGCGUCAGUUGUUGCCGUUGUUGUUACUUUGCAUCCUUGACGUUGACGUCAGCGCCCUGGUUCUGCCACACUCCCUUUCGCCCAUUGCUGUGCAAAAGGCAACUGUGGCCACCGCUCGACCCACUGAUGCGUUUUAGGUUACGUUUAUGUUAAUGGUCUUUUGCUCUCACAGCCUCUUGUCUUCUUUUUUUUUUCUUCCUGUGUCCGCCACCUUUGCCUCCACUGUCUUUUCUUUGGCGUGUGUUCAUAUUGUGCUGCUGCUAAGCGCCGUUUCCUUACUGCAGCCCCAUUCACCCUCUUUUACUCAGCCUGCGCUGACGUACACACUGCAUAUGCAUGCAAGCGUGUGUAUGCCCUGUGUCUUGGUUUCCUUCCGCUAACAUUCGACUAGGUUCUUCUUCUUCUUCUUCUUCUUCUUCUU